GCUAUGGCGGGGUCUGCUAUUAUUCUGAAGGUUGCUACGAUUUUGAUAUGUUUUUUAUCCGCUGGAAUAACGGAAACAUCCAGAAGGUCUAGGAGGAGCUCCGGUGAUCAGAUCCUACCCAGUUCCUACCUCCACCUGCCCGACAUGCUUCAUUCCAGGAACCCGCUGCUCCCCACGGAAUAUUUCUCACCAUCACGCGGCACCGGCUCCGAGCCGCUUCCCUCCCGGGUCCGAGAUCUUCUCCUUCCGGUUACUCCGACACCAGCCUCGCCCGCCUCAGCACUCGAGCCCGGCAGCAUUAACACGCGCUGUGACGGGGACAAGAUGAACGUGCAGGUCCACAAAAGUGUCUUGGGUUGGGGUGGAUCAGCGUCGCAUCUCUCCGUCGGUACUUGUCGACCUACCGGAUCUACUGGACAGUUUAUCUAUUUUGAGAUUAGAUUCAACCAGUGUCGAACUGUCCGGAUGGUGAUCAAUAACGGGCUGGUUUAUUCCAACACGCUUCGCUACGACCCGCCGCCCACCCCGGGUCCGAUAAGAAGAGUCGUGCCGUUCACCCUGCCAGUUUCCUGUCAAUACGACCGGUACCACUACUCUUAUAAAAUAGGUUACAUCCCGAAGAUUGAGACGCAAGGGGUGUUUAAACCAAUAACCAGCAGGGAGGACUUCACCCUGACCCCUCGGAACGCCAGGUGGAAAAGACUAUCCCCGUGGGAGCGCCACUAUGUCCUGGGGAAGCCGAUGUUCUUUGAGGUGUCGUCUCGGAGCCUGGCUCCAGGCAGACGGCUUUACGUCGAGAGCUGUUUCGCCACCCAAGGGCCCUCGACCACCUCCACGCCCAGGCUCUCCAUCGUUAACAAUUUCGGGUGUAUGGUCAAACAGAUCGGUCGUUCCCGAUUCAUUCCCUCCAGUAAGAACAGGGUGAGGUUCAGUGUGGACGCCUUCCUGUUCGAUGCAGCUACAGUCCAGGUGAGAACACCGUUAGCCAGGGGAGAACACCGUUACUGUAUUUUACGCUGGUUAGUUACUUGUAAUGUAUGCCGGUUGGCGCUCCUUUUUGUCCCCUCCCAGCCUCUCUACAUGCACUGUUCCAUGUCAACAGCUGACUCCACAGCGACACCUACAGCCAAGGCCUGUACCUACGACUAUGCAAAGAAACGGUGGAGGGAGGUGUCCGGUCAGGAGUCUGUGUGUUCCUGCUGUGAGACCAGCUGUAGCUCCAUCCCCUCAUCAGACGUGAUGGUAAGGAGCAAAUCCUGGACGAUGGAGCGUAGAGGAAAACCUUCUGCCCAUCCCAAGAAGAACAUCAACGUGGCCGCAGCUACCACCAUGACACCGACAACAGUCAAGAUGAUGAGCAAAUUUAGAACUCUCCAACAAAAUGGCGCUGGAGUCAGUCCUGUGGAUGUAUAUGCCAGGGAGUGGCAAGAGAAAGCUCUGAGGGGUUCUGGUGGCGUCAAGGAGGUUCCGAAGGGUUCCGUUGGUACCAAGGAGGUUCUGAGGGGUUCUGCUAGAGUCAAGAAGGUUCUGAGGGGUUCCGGUGGCGCCAAGGCGGUUCUGAAGGGUUCUGGUGGCGCCAAGGCGGUUCUGAAGGGUUCUGCUAGAGUCAAGAAGGUUCUGAAGGGUUUGGGUGGUUCCAAGGAGGUUCUGAAGGGUUUUGGUGGUACCAAGGAGGUUCUGAAGGGUUCCGGUGGUACCAAGGCGGUUCUGAGGGGUUCUGGUGGUGGCAAGGCGGUUCUGACGGGUUCUGGUGGUACCAAGGAGGUUCUGAGGGGUUCCGUUGGUACCAAGGCGGUUCUGAGGGGUUCCGGUGGUGCCAAGGAGGCUUGGACGGGUUCCGGUGGCACCGAGGAGGUUCUGAAGGGUUCCGUUGGGGCCAAGGAGGUUCUGAAGGGUUCCGGUGGUACCAAGGAGGUUCUGAGGGGUUCUGGUGGUGGCAAGGCGGUUCUGACGGGUUCUGGUGGUACCAAGGAGGUUCUGAGGGGUUCCGUUGGUGCGAUGGAGGUUCUGAGGGGUUCCGGUGGUGGCAAGGAGGUUCUGAGGGGUUCCGGUGGUGCCAAGGAGCUUUGGACGGGUUCCGUUGGUGCCAAGGAGGUUCUGAAGGGUACGGGUUGGUCCAAGGAGGUUCUGAGGGGUUUGGGUGGCGCCAAGGAAGUGCAGGGUCCCAAGAAGUUAAGGGAGGGUCUGAAGGGUUCUGAGGGGGGUUUGAACGUAUUUAGUGGAAAGAAGGAAGCUGUUAAAGGUUCUGGGGCAGAUGGAAAGGUCGUUAAGGAGUCUGAGGAUGUUCUAGAGCGUUUUGGUGUUGAACCACACAGAAUAUUUGAAACUUUCUUUGGUUUUGACAAAUAAAACUAAGAAUUGUAAUUGUUGCCUUUCGCUUUAUUUGUUGCUCUCUGGCAUUAAAGUGGCAUGCCUUGUCUUGUGCAGAAGAGGGUGCUGCAAUAUGGGUCACUUCAUUUUAUAUCAGGACCUCAUACACAUUUUAACCUUGGGACCCAAAACACAAUUUCAACCACACUCAGGAAACUAGGAUCCCCAAUUCCGGUGUGCUCUGUGCAUCGUCUGGAUCAUGACCCUUUCUUUUUUUUUUAUCCCAACCCAUGGUUUAAGAAACACUACACUCAAUGAUCUCUAGUGUACAAUAAGCAUGUUGCGUACUAAAUAAUCUCCAUCUUCUCCACUGAAGGAGAGACAAGUUGCAUACUACAGUAUUUUAUUCCAUAAUCUCGUAAAAGUAAAACGUGUUGAAUUCAUGGAUUUUACGGUGUAAAAAGUGAAUAAGGGCUUGCUCAGUCUUUUCAAUGUUGAAUUGAUUAUUUUGAGACAAUGCAGUACAGGUAUAAUCUUUAUUGGUUUAUGCCUAAAAAUGUUUUACUCAAUUGUAUGAAACAUUCUGUACAACGAAAUCUUUACAAAAUCCAGGAAGGUGAAUAUAAAAAGAAGCACGCCCAUUAUAAGCAGUCUUUACAAGUUAUAACUGUCAAAAGGAAAGGAAAAAACACAAUUAUCACUGUCAUUUGACUACUAGUAUGCUACUUAUAUGACAGGUACGCCACAGCUCAAUUGACUCUUAACUCGUUCAUUCUUCGUAUUCUCAUUAAAAAUACAUUUACAUGAAACCAUAGC